CUCAUUGAAAGAAGCAACAUCUUGUUGAAUCGUCCCUCUACCACUUUCCUUGUCAACCAGAGUAAUGGCCCCAGCCAAGAACAUUGGGGCGGCACGAAUCCUUGUCAUCGUCAUGGUGGCAACUGCAUUAUUACCGUCGUCAAGCGCCACCCUCACCAAGUCUGGCGAGAACCUGUUCAAGUUUGUCCUCGCCGGGCUCAUCAGUUCGGUCCUCGACGACGUUAUCGCCGCCACCCCACCAGCCAAAAUACCCGAAGUACAAGCGGCCGCGGAGAAGCAGGUGCAACUCGCUAUUGCCAAAGUGGACACGGCCAAAGGAGACAAGGCGAAAUUAGAUGCGUUCAUGUUGGCCUACAAGAAGGUCGGUGAGCAAGUCCUCGCCACGCCGCCCGCUCAGAAGUUCUUGGUCAUGGAGAAAGGCUUUACUGAGGCUGCUUCUAGCCUGGCUCCGUAAUUGGCACCUCGUUCACCUCUAUAUUCGAUUUGUUUCUUAUUUCCAUUGCCAUGCAUGCACAUCGUACAUGCAGUAGUUCUUGUUUCAUUUUUAUUUCUUUCUAUUUCUAUUGUCGACUUUGCUUCGCAUGAUCGAGCACUUGUAAUAAUCCAGAUAUAGGGAACCCUCACGUACGGGCCCAUUACGAUAUGUACUAUGUUUAUUUUCCCAAAUAAUAUAUCAAGAAAGAAGCUGUGUACCAGCUGUACUUCUCAUUCUUUAAA